AUGGCCAAGGAUCAGAUCCAUGUAGUGCCUGCAUGGUUCAAAGCAGUGGAAGAGCUCUUGGCUGAUGCUCUACCAGAGAAACGGGAGCACAAGGCUACAGAACCAUGUAUGAACACAUUUCUGGCAAUCUGUUUGCCACAUGAACAUGUGAAUUCAAUGGUGGAAGUAGUGUCCAAUGAGGAACCUCAUCAUACAACAUAG